UUGGAGGUUUGACGUGUAUGUUUUUGAGAUGUAAACAUUUUGAAUUAAAUCUCGUCCAAAAUAAGCCAAAAUGUCUCUUCCGGGUAAUGGAAUAUUCGUCGUUAAAGGCGAAAUGUCCAUUUUGAUGACUGCCAUGAGAAGAGGUUCGAGAUGGUCCUCCCAUUCAUACCAAGAUGAUGAUAUAGAUAGUCUUAUGAAGAGCUUUCAAGAUUUGAAGGAAGUUCUCAAUAAAUUAGAUGAUUUGAGACUUGUUGAGCCUAACACCUUUCUAUCUCCAUUUCUAGAAGUAAUAAAAUCGGAUGAAACCACAGGACCUGUUACUAGUCUGGCCCUGUCAGCUGUUAACAAAUUUUUAUGUUAUGGCAUUAUAGAUCCUACCCACACGUCUAUACCACAUACUAUACACAACAUCGCUGAUGCUGUUACUCAUGCUAGGUUUGUGGGAACAGAUCAGACGUCCGAUGGAGUUGUUUUAAUACGAAUUCUACAAGUGUUGCGAACCCUUACAUUAGCACCUGAAGGUGCAAUGCUGACCAAUGAAAGUUUGUGCGAAAUCAUGCUUUCCUGUUUUCGAAUAUGUUUUGAAACGAGACUCAACGAACUGUUGAGAAAAACUGCAGAACAAUAUUUAAAGGACAUGGUACAAUUAGUUUUCAUGAGGUUACCACAGUUUUCGGAAGAUUUAAGGGCAACGGCAAUUAAACAUUUAAAAAUGAGGCCAGGUGCGAUGGACCAAACGCGAACCAAAAGGAAAAACCGGCAGUCGUUUAGGAAAAAAGAAAAAGAAAUAGAAGACGUUCAGUCGCCAGUACUAUCCAAACCACAGCAGAGUUUAAGGCCUGCUCCCUUGUCUACAACUCCAAUGACGCCUGGUAAUAAUAUCGUCGACAUGCAAGGGUCAAUUUCGCAGAACACUCCGCAAAAUCCUAUUACCGACGGUGGAGAUAUAAAUUCUCCUAGUUCUUUUCCUUCAUCGGAUCAAAACGAUGCUCAAACAGAGUGUAACGUCGAAAUAAAUAUUCAAAGUUCUUCGCCCACUAACGAGAACUGUGAGGAUAAAGUUGAAAAUGCGGAAAAUGUUGAGCAGGUUCCGGUCAUUGUCGAACCAACCGCCGACGUUGAGCCCGAACUUGAACCGAAAUCGAACGACAAAAUGGAUACGAUCAGCACCGUAUCCACGACAACCGUCAAAUCUGAAGAAGUCACCCCUGACGGUUACUCUUCUAUCGAGUCCGGAGAAUAUAUCAACCAAAGGGGAAUCAGAUUUACCCCUCAACUACAAGAAGAAUCUGUUAUCCUAGUCCCGUACGGUCUAGCCUGUGUUAGGGAACUGUUCAGGUUUCUUAUAAGCCUGUGCAACCCGUUAGACAAGCAGAAUACCGAUAUUAUGAUACAUUUGGGGCUGACGUUGCUAACAGUGGCUUUCGAAGUAGGCGCGGACAGUAUCGGGAAGUACAACACUUUACUGGCGUUGGUGAAGGACGACCUGUGCAGGAAUUUGUUCUCUUUGUUGAACACCGAGAGGCUCUCGGUGUUUGCGGCGGACCUCCAAGUAUCCUUCCUAAUGUUCGAGUCGCUUCGGACCCACCUCAAGUACCAAAUGGAGAGCUACCUUAACAAGCUCAUGGAAAUAAUAGUGAGCGAUUCCGUCAAGGUGACCUACGAACACAAGGAAAUCGCCUUGGACAGCUUGUUGCAACUGUGGCGAAUCCCCGGUUUCGUCAGCGAACUGUACCUAAACUACGACUGCGACAUGUACUGCACGAAUCUUUACGAGGAACUAACAAAGUUAUUAGCGAAAAACGCAUUUUCCGCCACCACGGGGGUGUACCACACCCAUUUGUUGUCCCUGGACGCUCUGUUAGCCGUAAUCGAGGGUAUAGAGGUGCACUGUCACAACGGGAAGGUCGAGAAUAGACCUUAUAAUGGAUCUACCGAAACGUCGAACGUCGGUAACGACGCAGUGGCAACUAUUAACAGUUUCAUCGAGAAGUCGUCGGGUAGAGUUAAGUUGUCCAAGAACGUGCUGAGUAAAGAAGAGCUGGCGGCUAGAAAAACCAUCAAAAAGUGGCUGCCCCAAGGGACGGAGUACUUUAAUCACAAACCGAAAAAGGGCGUUCAGUUUCUGCAGGAACACGGCGUCUUGAAACCCGAACUGGAUAUACACGAGAUCGCCUUGUUCCUGAGGGAAAAUCCGGCGUUAGAUAAAAAAAUGAUAGGGGAGUAUAUAAGUAACCGGAACAACCUUAAUAUCCUGGAGGCGUUUGUGAAAACGUUUGAUUUCGUGGACGUUAGGAUAGACGAGGCCUUGAGGGCAUUCCUGGAGGCGUUUCGGUUGCCCGGGGAAGCCCCGACGAUAGCCUUGAUUUUGGAGCACUUCGCGGAACAUUGGCAUAAAAGUAACGGUGAACCAUUCGCCGAUGUCGACUCUGCGUUUACGUUAGCCUACGCUAUAAUAAUGCUGAACGUCGAUCAACACAAUCAAAACGCCAAAAAACAAACCAUCCCGAUGUCCGCAUCAGCCUUCAAAAAAAACUUAUCUGGCGUUAACGGCGGAAACGACUUCGAUGAAGACAUGUUGGACGAAAUUUAUAACACCAUUAAAAACGAUGAAAUCGUGAUGCCGGCGGAGCAAACUGGCCUGGUGCGUGAAAACUACCUGUGGAAGGUCCUACUACGCAAGGGCCAGUCGAAGGAGGGAGUCUACUUGCAUGUCACCGGGGGCACGUACGAUUCCGAGCUGUUCCAGCUCAUCUACGGACCCAUCGUGGCGGCCCUCUCGUUCGUCUUCGAAAAGAGCGAGGAGCAGAACAUAUACAAGAGGGUGAUGCAAGGCUUCGAACGUUGCGCUUUCAUCGCGUCGUAUUUCGGCAUGUCCAAAAACUUGGACAUGCUACUCCUGAGUCUGUGCAAGUUCACGAUCUUCCAUAACCACCAGAAGCAGAACAACGUCCUGGUGCAGUUCGGGGCCAACGUCAAGGCGCAAACGGCCCUGAAGGCCGUUUUUUCCCUGGUGCACCAGCACGGCGACAACCUCAGGGAAGGGUGGAAGAACCUGUUCAAUUUGAUCCUCGCUUUGUACAGCAACGCACUGUUACCGAAGAGCUACGUGGAAGCGGAAGAUUUUAUCGAGUCGAGCGGGAAGAUCGUUUUGGAAUACGAGGAGGUCCAGAAUCUGCAAAAACAGGAUACAGGUCUGUUAAGUUCGCUGUACUCCUACAUGGUGUCGGCUGAGAAUCUGUCCAAGGUGCCGACACCCGAAGAGCAGCAGUACAUUGAGGUGGCCAGAGAAUGCGUCAAAGAUUGUAAUUUGGAACAGUUGAUAACGGAUUCCAAGUUUUUACACGAGGAGGCACUUUUCGAGUUGGCGAAAUCCCUCAUCGAGUUGUCCAGGGGGCCCGACGUACAAAAAAGUCUCGGGUAUAAUUACAAUGAGAACGUUACCGUCUUCUUUUUGGAACUUGUGAUAAAGAUCGUGAUACAGAAUAGAGACCGCGUCAUGACGAUAUGGCAAAACGUGAGGGACCACAUCUACACCCUGGUAAUGAACGCCUCGGUGUUCGACUACCAGUUCCUACUGGAACGGUCGGUGAUCGGUUUACUGCGUAUAGCCAUAAGGCUCAUGCGUAACGAGGAAAUGAGCCCCAUCGUCCUCCAGUCAUUGAGAAUGCUGCUCUUGUUAAAGAGCAGCACCCUCUGUCGAAUAUCCCGCCAGAUUUCCUUCGGGCUAUACGAACUACUCAAGACUUCGGCUCAGAACAUCCACACCAAUACCGACUGGACUAUAAUCUUCACGCUGUUGGAAUGUGUGGGUGCGGGAGCGCAACCGCCCAAGCCCAUCGUAGACGAUUCAUCGCAGCUCGAACAAGGCACUAAGUCUGACGGGGAGAAUCAGGCGAAUAGCGAUGAGGAAGUUAGCACCGAUCGGGGAUACACGUCCGACUCGGAACUGACUAAGAGUCCGAAGCACGGCCAGCAGAGGCCGCACAGUCCCCUCAUUGUUCCCACUUCGCCUAUAGGGACGCCGAAUACCGGGGGAUGGAUUUUAGUUGGUAACGAAGGGGAGAUCCAGCCGGUAGUGGGCAGGACCGUGCCUCCGACCCAGUACGGGCUGUCCUUGGAGAGAAAUUUGGGUCCGCACGACCCGAGCAGUUUGAUAAAGUGCUGCGAAAGUUUGGCCUUCCUAGUCAGAGAUGUCGCCCACAUAACCCCGUACAAUUUCGACGUUUGCGUUCACUGCAUCCGAACGUUCGUCGAGGCCAGUUUACACGGAUGUAAGAGAAGCAGGAAAAAUUCGACCCGUGAGUCGAGACCCAGGAGAAAAAAUUCAAAUCGGAGAAGAACCGAGGCCUACCGUAAUAGAAAAAGCCCCACGAGCAGUCCCGAGGAGGAUGAUGAGAGCGAUGAAGACGACUUGCCCAGUGGGUAUCAUCAGAUAUCAAUACAGUUAUUAGACUUAAUGCACACCCUGCAUACCAGAACAGCUCAAAUUUUCAAGUGGUGGGCCGAAGAAGGGGGCGAAAUAGCUGAAGAAACAUCUUUAUGGACCCAAGGUUGGUGCCCGCUCCUGCAGGGUAUCGCCAGACUGUGCUGUGAUACUAGACGACAAGUUAGAAUGAGUGCUAUAACCUACCUUCAACGAGCCCUACUAGUCCACGACCUGCAAACCCUGAGGGGGCCGGAGUGGGAACAGUGCUUCCAGCGGGUGCUUUUCCCCCUGCUGAGCUACCUCCUGCAGCCCAUCACCCCGAGAGAUCCCGUGGCGAUGGAGGAGACCAGGAUGAGGGCCGCCACCGUCUUAUCCAAGGUCUUCCUCCACCAUCUGACUCCCCUGCUCUCCCUACCCACCUUUUUCAAUCUGUGGCUGUUGAUUUUGGACUUUAUGGAUAAGUACAUGCACGCGGACAAGAGCGACUUGCUGUACGAGGCCAUACCCGAGUCGCUGAAGAAUAUGUUGCUCGUCAUGGACUCUGCGAAGGUGUUCGACGGCCCCGACGGGAAGAACCCCAUGUGGAACGCCACCUGGGACAGGAUCAACAAGUUCCUGCCUAACUUGAAGGACGAGCUGUUCAGGGAAAUCGAGGUUCAGGACCAGUCGAGGGAGAAAAAGGAGGAACUGCCGCAGCCUCAAGAGCCUGAUCAGAGGAUAGAACAAACUCAAAAAUCACUGCCCCACAACAUUGAAAACGCCACCAGGUCCAGUAUUAUUUUACAACCCCCUUCGAUGCAACAGCCCGUCUCUUCCCAUUUAUUUGCUCAUCUGGGGCAGAUGGUAUCCACGCCGAUAGGGCCGAAUUACUCAACGGACACGUCCCAAAAACCAGUUACCAUCACACCAAUGCCACAAGCGUCGACGAAUCUUCCCGUAAUACCCAACUCCACAUCACCGAUCAUGCAACCCACCUUACAGACGGGCAUGCCCUACAUGCCCAACUUCUUCUCGCAUACACCGACGGGCCAACAUACUUUCCCGGUGUUGUAUAACAGCGCGGUGCCCGCAACCGCCACCCCUACGGAAGUGCAACCGGUGUCGCUGUACGCCGAGUACAUGGGCAACCCUUACAACGUUCCGUCCCCGGACGUUUACAACCUGGGAGGGAAAAACGAGAUUAACGUGGAAAAUGCACCUAGCUCUAACGCCAACGUGGAGAAUGGGUCGGAUCUAACGGCGGUUUCGGUUACGAAUAUCAACCUCGAUUUGAAUAAAAACAACAGCCAGUCGGGCGGAGCGGUAGUGAAGAAUAACAACAGUACGAACUUUUUCCAAUCUUCUAAUUAUUUCGGUAACGCUACCGCCGCGGGUUGUAUUCCUGUCGGUUCCGAGAUACUGUUCGGCGUCGAGCAAUGUCACGUCGGUAGCACGCAGGGUAUAAACAUUCCAAUCACAACCGAAUCUAAAACCACCACAGAUGUAUGAGUACAAGAUUUUGUUGGCAUUUACGCUGGAAUCGUGGAAACUGACCUGUCUUUUUUUUAACUUAAGUGGUAAUUUGAUGUGCAGAUUAGCGUUUUAGUCAAUUGUUUUAAUAUGGAAAUAUUAAUUUGUCGACUGCGGCGUUAUCUUUGUUUAUAUAUUUUAAAUUUGACAACCAGUCGAGGUUAGGAAUGGAAAUACUAGAUGGCGACUCUCGAAUAAAAUCCCUAAAGUUCCUAGAUUGACAAGGUACCGUAAUCGAUUGUUCUCGUUUUGCCCCAAAAUGGCGGUUUGACACAUGUUUGUAUUUGACAUCUCUAAAUGUUCUGAUGCAUUACAUGUUUAUGAUUUACCUGCUGUUUUUAUCAAAACAGUAUUAAAAUUUAAUUAUAUCCACUGUUUCACAUUAUAAUUUUGAUUUAUUGUUUAAUAAUUAUUCAAAAUUAUUUUCUCUAUGACAGAUACGAAAAAAUGUUUGGAUAUUUAAGAUGCUCUUAAUUUAACCACAUUAAUAUAAUAUUUUCUACAUUAUAUAAAAAUAUAUCGAAGAGUAUUUAUUUAGUCUUAUAUUUCAGGGUCGGCAAAAGGGAUUUUAUCCCAAUAUGGCAGGUGAUUGGUGAAUUCCUAAAGUCCCUAGAUUGAUCAUGAACCACCACCGAUUGUUUUAGUUUGACAUAUGUCAAGUUGUGUGCUAUUUGUAUAAAAAAAAACUAUCGCCAUUUAAUUGUUGUAGCAUUCUAGACCAAAUUUUUGGUUAUUGCAUAAUAAAUUCGUCAAAAUAUUAGAAAAUUAACUAUCUACAAUAAACAUGUCUUAAAAAAAUUCAAUCUUAUAUUUACAAUGACUGAUUUUACCCCAAAAUGGCAGGCGACUGGUACUUUAUUAAUCUAGGGACUUUCAAAAAUCCCUAGAUUGAUCAUGAACCACAAGCGAUUGUUUUAGUAUGACGUAUGUCAAGUUGUGAUAUUUAUAUUUAAAAAAACUAUCAUCGUUUAAUUGUUGUACUAUUCUAGACCAAAUUUUUUAUUACUGCACAAUAAUUUUUUCAAAUUUAAGAAAAUUGUCUACAAUAAAUGUAUUAAAAAUUCAAAAAUAUUUACAAUGUUGGCACCAUUGAUUUUACCCCAAAAUGGCAGGCAACUGGUACUUUAUUAAUCUAGGGACUUCAAAAAUCCCUAAAUUGAUCAUGAACCACAAGCGAUUGUUUUAGUUUGAGAUGUCAAGCUGUGUGAUAUUUAUAUUAAAAAAAAACUGUUACCAUUUAAUUAUUGUAGCAUUCUAGAUCAAAUUUUUGGUUAUUGCAUAAUAAUUCCUUCAAAAUAUAGGAAAAUUAAUUAUCUACAAUAAACGUAUUAAAAAUUCAAAGUUACAUUUAUAAGGUUGGCGCCACAGAUUUUGCCCCAAUGCACGCGACUGGUACUUUAUUAAUCUAGGGACUUCAAAAAUUCCUAGAUUGAUCAUGAAUCACAAGCAAUUGUUUUAGUUUGACAUAUGUCAAGUUGUGUGCUAUUUAUAUUAAAAAAAUAUAUAUGAUCGUUUAAUUGUUGUAGUAUUCUAGACUAAAUUUUUGGUUAUUGCAUAAUUUCUUCAAAAUAUAGGGAAUUAAAAAUUCAAACACGUUUACAAGGUUGGCGCCACAAAUUUUACCCCAAAAUGGCAGGCGACUGGUACUUUAUUAAUCUAGGGACUUUCAAAAAUCCCUAGAUUGAUCAUGAACCACAACCGAUUGUUUUAGUUUGACGUAUGUCAAGUUGUGUGCUAUUUAUAUUAAAAAAAAAAAACUAUCAUCGUUUAAUUGUUGUAGUAUUCUAGACCAAAUUUUUGGUUAUUGUAUAAUAAUUCCUUCAAAAUAUAGGAAAAUUAAUUAUCUACAAUAAACAUAUUAAAAAUUUAAACUUGCGUUUACAGUAAAAUUUAUAAAAAAAGUUAAUUAAAUUUUUCAAUCGCCCCAAUGACAGGCGACUGGUACUUUAUUAAUCUAGGGACUUUCAAAAAUCCCUAGAUUGAUGAAGUACUGCAACCGCCGGUUGUUAUUUGACAUGUUUAUUUUUGAAUUAUUGCAUAAUAAACUCAUCAAAAUAUGUUAAAUUCGGUUAUAUAAAUAUAUAUUAAGAAUUCAAACUUACGUUUCAAAGAUUCGCACCAGCGAUUUUUCCCUUAAAUGGCCGUUGAUAGCAGUACUUUAUUUUAAUAAUUUUUAAUUUCUACUAUGAACAAGACUAACAGGGAUUUUUUAACAGUGUCUCCAUCUAGUGUUCUCGUACUUAGGUUCAAUCACUUGUGUAACUAUCGACAUAUAUAAACAAGGACAUUAUACCAGAAUAAAUCUAUAUUGUAGAUAAAAUAUUGUGUAUAUUGAAUUUAAAUAUAUGUAAUGGGCUAGAGGACAUAUCUAAUUUUUGAUUCACCUAGAAUCUGAAACCAAAUUCGAGUUUGAACGGUUGAAUUGACCGAGAAUAUGAAGAAGCAUAUUGAAUAUGAAACUGCUGUAAAAAUUAGAUAUAAACAACAACUACUACUGACAAACUGACGAACGUACGUCUAGUCCAUUUGGUCCAAACCGUUCAAGAAAUGUACAGUGAUCUUUACUACUUCCUUAUCUUUUUAUAUUUAUUUAUGUUACACAGAUUUAAUCAUUUAUUGUUAUCCUAUUAAAAAUUAUAAAAAAUGUGCAAGAA